ACGCGCCUUCCUCCUCCUGUCACCUGACAGAUCACAGGCGCCACUUCCGGCAGCUCGCUGGACAGCACGGAAUUCGGUUCGUGUGCCGGGUUGUUCGCCUCGUUCUCCGCCGGGAGACAUGGCAGACACUGUAGCUGACACCCGCCGCCUGCACAGCAAGCCUCAGAAUCUCAACGACGCCUACGGACCGCCGAGUAAUUUCCUGGAGAUCGAUGUGUCCAACCCGCAAACAGUGGGGGUGGGCCGGAACCGGUUCACUACCUAUGAGAUUCGAUUGAAGACAAACCUCCCAAUUUUCAAGUUGAAAGAAUCUAGUGUCCGCAGAAGAUACAGUGACUUUGAAUGGCUAAGGAGUGAGCUUGAAAGAGAAAGCAAGGUUGUGGUGCCCCCCUUACCUGGAAAAGCUCUUUUUAGACAGCUUCCUUUCAGAGGAGAUGAAGGCAUCUUUGAUGACUCUUUCAUAGAGGAAAGAAAGCAAGGGCUUGAACAAUUUAUAAACAAAGUUGCUGGACACCCUUUGGCACAGAAUGAACGAUGCCUUCACAUGUUUCUUCAAGAUGAACAUAUAGACAAGAACUACACACCAUCUAAAAUAAGAAAUGCUUAGCAAAAGGAUCAAACUUCAAAUUCUUGUGACUGUCCAACAUGGUUUUAUUCAUUAUAUCCUCUGCAUGUUACAAUCUGUUAUAAUACAUGUAACAAACUAACCUUUCUUUUUUUAAUUUGCUGCUGCUUAUUUCAGAGUCCAAUUUUUGUUUUUAUUAAAGCACAUAAAUCAGUUCUCUCAAACUCAAAUGCUCUCUAUGACAGCAAGGACAGACUGGACUCUGCUUUAUUCUGCCCUCAGUAUGUGUUUCUGUGCUGUGAACCAAAUCCAGAUAGGUCCAUGUUGCACACAAGAUGUCUUUGACACUACUUUAUUCCUUUUGAGAUACUGAAUUUAAACUGUGAUCAGAGCCCUGUGUUCACAAUUGCUUACUUAUUUUGACUUGCAUAUAGAAGAGCAGUUCAUGGUCCAAGGAAUGACAACAAUGUUAGCUGAGUUGUAUUCAGUUGUUUACAGGUCUUCCAGGAAAAGCACAUUUUUGUAGGCGAUGGAGAUUCUAUAGCCUCUGACGGUAAGAAGUGUCGGCCUCAUAGGCCGACUAGAUUUGCAUUGGAGAUCCUUCAAACUGCUUGGUAGUCAAUUUUGCCAUUUCUGUGUUAAUUGGAGUCAUAUUUAAAUAACUGCUAAAAUUGCUUUUGCAUUUUAUUGCCGAGGACCUGGAGGAAGUACUGUUUCUACUGAGGAUAAAGAUUUUGUUUCACUAAUUUACUGAUUGAUUGUAACAGAAUCACACUUUAGUUGCCUUCUCUUUUUUUUUUUUUUUCUUCUUCUGUAAAGGCUCCUUUAACCUUGACAGUGAUGUCGCUCAUGUGAAUUCUGUUUUUAGCUAAGAAACACUUGUCACGAGUCAUUGGAAUUGUCUUACUCAUAUGUAUGUAGAAUCAAUUUUGGCAGCUAACUAGCACUAACCUUGAAUCUUUUUUUCCCCCUGUAUAUCCUCAUUUGUGCUCCAUUACUGUGCUAACCUCUACCACUGUGUUUUCAGCUUUUCUUAAUGUGUAAUCUCUACACAUUUGUGUUAAUUGCUUGCACAAGACUUUAUAUUAUAUGGGGAAAUUACUUUAUACAAGUAUAAAACACAUUUAUAUGACUUGCUGAAAUUUUUUGAAAUAAAAGUAUGAGACUAAAAUAA